AUGAAGGUCGUUCUCUUUGUUAUUGUUCCAUUAUGGAUGGUUGUGUUGAUUGAUGCAAUACCUGUUACCGUUUUGGUUUCUCGUCCUUUGCAACACAUAGUGAAACCUACUGAUCGAAAUAGAGCCCGUCCUGAACAAUUCGGAAAAGCAUUCGAAGAUGAUAUACUCAUACCUGGACCAAAAUCAGACGCAAUGACUCGUGGUGUUGCUUAUAACAUAGCAAAUAAAUGGCCCAACGGAAUUGUUCCUUAUGAUUUAUCACGCAUUACAAAUACAAAUGAUCGUGACAUUGUAAGAAAUGCUAUGGAUUGGGUGGUAUACGAUACGGGUUCGCCAAUUGCUGACACUGACUCACGUAUGCCUUGUGUCUAUUUUCGACCACGUGAAACUGGAGACAAAACUUUUCUUACAAUUCAAUAUGGACAAGGAUGUAAUGCACACAUGGGUUAUUGGCCCAAUUAUGCAUUGACGAUGACUUUGCAAAAAGAUAAUGAGGCGAACUGUUUUCAUAGCGGAACUAUUCAACAUGAAUUGUUACAUGUACUCGGUCAGUAA